UAGCCGGUCCAGCAAUCAGACGUUGUACCCUGCGGUAAGAAGAUUGGACAUUACCGGACAACUGCUGAAAUAAAGCCGUUUUUCUCUCUCCUCUUCUCUCUCUCUCUCCCUCUCAGCGCUCCACUCCAAAUUUCCGUGAACAUCUAUCCGAAAUCUCUGCCAACUGUUUUUUCUCUCUCGUUCCACGCAGAAAUAACUCGACAAGAUCAAGAUUUGAAUAUCAUCAACAAGAUUAAAGAGGAAACUUGGGCCAGGCGCAACGUUUCUAUAUAUUUUUCACACACAGCACACACAGAGAGCAAUUUUAAGGCAAGUACAGAAACAUCAUAUAUCCAUAUAUAUAUAUAUUAUAUUACUUGUUGCGAAAGUUUCUGUUGGUGUUGGGAAAUUGAUGGGAUCGAUGUCUACUGGUGUUGGCGCUGCCAUCGCGCCCGCAGCCACGGCGGCGUUGAUGCUGCGGCCCGGCAGCGCGGAGGCGGACGGCGGCGAUCACAGCUUGAAGAAGAAACUCUCUUGUCCGAAUUCGGGAAACGGCUUCUCGAAGCUUCUUCCGUCGAUGGGAUUGGAGAUCAAUAACAGCAAGCCCAAAAUACUCACCGGUGAAUUUGGUUACACUCUCGAGGAUGUCCCUCACCUCUCUGACUACAUCCCUCAUCUUCCCACUUAUCCUAAUCCGUUGCAAGACAACCCGGCAUAUGCCGCGGUUAGGCAGUUUUUUGUCGACUACGAUGACACCGUUGCAGAAAAGAUUGUGGUUCACAAGGAUACUGUAAGAGGGGUUCAUUUUAGACGUGCAGGUCCUCGCCAAAGAGUGUAUUUCGAAUGUGACGAUGUGCAGGCGUGCAUAGUGACUUGCGGGGGGCUGUGCCCCGGUCUCAACACAGUUAUCAGGGAAAUAGUAUGCGGUUUGAAUCAUAUGUAUGGUGUAAAGAGUGUUCUUGGAAUAGAUGGUGGAUACCGCGGUUUUUACUCUAAAAACACCAUAUCUCUCACGCCAAAAUCUGUCAACGACAUUCACAAACGCGGGGGAACUGUGCUAGGGACAUCUAGAGGCGGUUAUGAUACUAAAAAGAUUGUUGACAGCAUCCAAGACCGCGGAAUCAACCAGGUCUACAUUAUCGGUGGAGAUGGAACUCAGAAAGGAGCAGCAGUCAUUUUUGAGGAGAUCAGAAAGAGAGGCCUCAAAGUGGCAGUAGCUGGCAUUCCCAAAACUAUAGACAAUGACAUUCCGGUAAUCGACAGAUCCUUUGGCUUCGACUCCGCUGUGGAGGAAGCUGAGCGCGCCAUCACUGCAGCGCACGUUGAGGCCACAAGUUUUGAGAACGGCAUCGGGCUGGUGAAGCUGAUGGGGAGAUAUAGUGGAUUCAUCGCAAUGUAUGCUACGCUUGCUAGUCGGGACGUGGACUGCUGCCUGAUCCCGGAGUCGCCUUUCAUUCUAGAAGGGCCGGGAGGGCUGUUUGAGUAUAUAGAGAGGCGACUGAAAGAGGACGGCCACAUGGUUAUUGUGAUCGCGGAGGGGGCAGGGCAGGAGCUGCUCUCGCGAUCUUCGACAGCACAACAAGAUGCCUCUGGGAACAAGCUCCUACACGACGUCGGGCUGUGGAUAUCACAGAGGAUUAAGGAUCACUUCUCUAAGCAAAGAAAGAUGAACAUCAAUCUCAAGUAUAUAGUUGUGAUUAAUGAUUUUGUGGGUGCAGAUCCGACGUACAUGAUUCGCGCCAUCCCCAGCAACGCAUCGGACAACGUGUACUGCACGCUGCUGGCGCAGAGUGCGGUUCAUGGAGCCAUGGCGGGAUACACAGGGUUCACAGUAGGGCCGGUGAAUGGGAGGCAUGCUUAUAUACCCUUUGAUAGGAUCAACGAGAAACAGAACAAGGUGGUGAUCACGGACAGAAUGUGGGCGCGGCUGCUCUCGUCCACGAAUCAGCCCAGUUUCUUGAGCUCCAACCAAACUGCAUUGCCAGAUCAGUCCACGUGAUCGAUAAACCUAUGUAACUAUACUUAGAAAACAAAACAAAUGCCUGUGUAGCUCUUAGAUUACUUUGCAUUUCUUUUCUUAUGCAUAAAUAAGUGCCACGCAAAUUGUAACUAAAUAAAACAGAUUCUCGUGGAGCAACAAACAAAACAGCAGUCCAUCACUGGAACUUUUCUAAUAUUAUGUGCCUAUUCCAAGGA